CGCCUCCUUUUCUCGCUCCGCUGCGGCGGGAACGCGCACAGGCUCCCACACUCGCCGGAGAGGAAAAAAGCGCCGACGGACUGCAACAGCGACUCACCGGGAAAAAUGACCCCUCCGCUGCCCUUCAUCACCGCCGUCGACGCCCGCAGAAGUCAUGUGAAAGGACCCGCAACAAACGAGGACCCGAGUUUGUUCCACCAUUAAAACUUGUUUCAGAGGAUUAUUAUUUUAAAAAAACAACAACUCCCAGAGUGAUUAACAAGAAGAAUUGAAGUUAACACUGGACAGGUGCAGAAAAAUGGCGAGGUGCCUGCUGCGGUUCGUGGCCUUGUGGACUACUCUGAUGAGCAUGGCUCAGUGCUGUCCAGAGCUCUGCAGCUGCCAGGAUAGAUUUGCCCACCAGUUUGCUGACUGUGCUUACAAAGACCUGCUGGUGGUGCCUGUGGGUCUCCCUUCCAACGUGACCACCGUGAGCCUUUCCGCCAACAAGAUCAAGUUGCUGAAAAGCAAAAGCUUCGUCGGCAUCACGCAGGUCACCUCUCUCUGGCUGGCCCACAAUGAGAUUGUUACCAUAGAGACGGACACCUUGGCCCCCCUGAUCCAGCUCCGCAACCUGGACAUCAGCCACAACAAAAUAGUGAACUUUCCGUGGGUGGACCUUCACAACCUCACGGCCCUGCAGCUUCUGAAAAUGAACAACAACGAGAUGAUCAACCUUCCAAAGGAUGCCUUCUCCACACUCAAAGACCUGAGGUCGCUGCGCAUCAACAACAACAAGUUCACCACCAUCGUGCAGGGGACCCUCAGCGCUCUCUCCUCCCUGUCACACCUUCAGAUUUUCAACAACCCCUUCAGCUGCACCUGCAGCCUCGAGUGGCUCAGGGACUGGAUCGCAGUCACCAAGAUUUCCAUCCCCGAGCCCAAUUUGAUUCAGUGCGAGACCCCUGAACACCUCAAGGGGACACUGGUUGCAAACGUUCCCAAACUGGAGUGUAGUGCCCCAACUGUCACAAUAACAUACGAGCCCGACAUCGAGAACGCAGAGCUCUUCGAAGGGCUCAUGGUUGUCUUAAAUUGUGUGACGACUGGGAGCCCCAAACCGCAGGUCAGUUGGGAGGUCAUCGCUGGAAAUCAAAACUAUCUCUUCCCCUUGCCAACUGCUGGAGAGAUGAAUGACUUGCCAAUUAAUGAUAAAACAACCAACAAUCGAUUCCUCAUCUUUAGGAACGGCUCUCUCAUCAUCCCCCAGAUGAGUAAAAAGGAAAAUGGAAACUAUAGCUGCUCUGCGGUGAACGACCUAGGUAAAGUGGAGAGUGGUGUUAAAGUGGUUAUGGCAGCCACCCAAAAACAUGCCAGCGACUCAAAAUCUGAUUCUAUGGUGGACAAGAUCCGUCCAUCUGUUAAAAAGCCUGCGGAGCCCGACAACUCCAAGAACAAUGUGAUCAACUGGACUAAGGAUGACAAAACCACAAAGAGCAAUCAUGAAGAUGGGACGGACAAAAAUGGCGGCACCGGGACGGCUGAUGGCCCCAAAGGGGGGGCGAAGGACCCCAGCUUUGCGAGCAAGUGUGGCGUGAGAGACAGCAGUGAAUACAUCUCCAAUCACGCCUUCAACCUGAGCUUGGACGACCUGAAGCAGUACACUUUUGAUUUUGGUGUCAUCGCUUUGGAGGUGUCUGAGACGGAGGCCAAAGUGCAGCUGAAUCCGCUGCAGCUUCCCAGCAGCAAGUCGAACCUUCAUCUCAGUCACGCUGAAAACCAGGAAACUGUGAACAAAGAGCCUUUGGGUCUGUUCCAGUCCUCAUCCAGUAAAACCACCUUAGACAUGCUCUACCUCUGCGUGAAUACAGGUAACGGACACUCUAUGGUUCAGUGGUCCAACAUCGAGGAGGGGGUUAACGCCUACCGCUUCCACGAUUUACAGCCCGGCACCAACUACACACUUUGUCUCACCUAUGGGGGGCAGGACUGCCAAGUGCAAGUCGUCUUCACAACCAGGAAGAAGAUCCCCUCCCUGCUGAUCAUCGUGGUUGUCAGCAUUUUCCUUCUGGGUCUGGCCACUGUGCCCCUAUUGGGAGCCACCUGCUGCCAUUUGUUAUACAAGUACCAAGGGAAGACCUACAAGCUGAUCAUGAGGGCCCAGAAUCCGGAUCAGAUGGAGAAGCAAAUGGCGGAAGAGUUUGAUCGCAGGGCGUCUUUCGUGGAGUCCGAGAAAACCUUCAACCCCAGCGAGCUGGGCGAGGGGGAGGGGGAGCCCGAGGGCGAGGAGGGAGACGACGGAGAGGGAGAGGCCGAGGGGAGCGUGGUGACGGAGUCCAUCCCCGGGUCGUCGUCCAAAACCAACCCGGAGGAGUUCGAGGUGGGCUCGGAGUACAGUGACAGGUUACCGCUGGGAGCGGAGGCGGUCAACAUCUCGGAGGAGAUCAACGGCAACUACAAGCAGCCGAGCCGCUGAGCUCCGCCGACGUCCGCGAGUGUAAUGUAAAAUAUUUUACUUUAAGUAGCCUACAUGCAAGCAGGAAACUCACCCGCCAUUACCACACGUGAAAACUGAUGGUCUGUGGAUCUUUUAAUUCCAUUCUUUAUUUUUUACCUCAGACAGUACUCCGCCAAUCACCUGAGAUUGUGACUUGAUUCGUGUGACAUGUGUAAUCUCUACUGUAAGGUUAAAAUAAGCAACACCACAGUUUACAGCGCAAGCACAGCUUUCUACAGUUUUGUAAGACCUCAAAAAAAUUGAAAAAAAAAAAAAAAAGAACUGACAGGAAAGCAGCAAAAAUAUUAAAUGUUUCCUCACGCAGCGGUGGGCAGGGGCGCAAAUUGUGAAAACAAGGGGGAAGUAAUUGAAGGAUAAACAAAAAAAGGAGAGUAAAUCAUCGUUUUGGAGCACAACACAACAAAAGUGCCAAAUGUUUUAAAGCCAUUUUUAAAUAAACUAACAUCAGGGACCAGUUGUUCCUUUUUUUUUCCCUUUUUUUUUUUUAAAGCUGUCUGCGUCUCGGUGCGUAAAUGUGGGUGAGCCUCGACCACUCUCCAUCCUCUCAGGUGUCGGCUCACACACGACAGUGGUCGCAGAUUUUGAAAAGCUGAUAUUUCAUCAAAUCAAACCACACGCACAGAUUUGGUGUCGGUGUUAAUUGCGCCUGACCUGCCCGCUGCCAGUCCGAAAAUAAAAGGGCAAAAAAAAAAAGGACAUUUCACUUUUUUUCCCCCUCUUCCUCCAGCUGUGCUGUGCUUGACGGGAAAUCUCCAGGUUAUUUCCCAACAAACAUGUUGGUUGUUCGACGUGAUGUUAAGGCUUUAAAAAAUAAAUAAUAACGUGCGACUUUUAACCUCUUGAUCAACGGGUGCUUGCUUUAAAAACUCUCGCUUUUUACAAUGAACGUGUCCAUGGCAUGUCACACGUAGUUCCUUGUGUGGUUUUUAUUAGUGUAGUCUAGGGGACUUUAGAUGUUGCUGUCGACCUGUGAUGUAAAGCCAUGUGAAUUGAAAAAUAUUCUCUCUCUCUCUCUUUUUUUUUAUGAAGGUAAGUUUUCUAUGAAGCCUCGACAACAGGACGCAUGUGUGUCCGGCGGCUUCACUGUCUUGUAAUUUGAUGCCUAUAGUGAGUUUUUUGUGUACUGUUGUAAAACGAAACGAAAAAAAACCCCAAACAUAAACCCUUGAUCUUUGAAUAUUUUUUGAUAUAAUUUUAUGUACGUGGAAUUAAUAAAACAUAUGAAACUA